GUGGAGAAUUUUGGUGUGUGAGCGUCAACAAUGGCUUCUUCGUCUUCAGAAUCGGCGGUGUCGGAGCGAAGAGGAAUACCAGGGGCUCAGUUCGUAGAGGAUGUCCAAACUUACCUCACUCAAUCGGGUCUCGAUGUUGGUUCAGCCCUGGCUUUUCUCCAAGAGAGACUUCAGCAGUACAAGGUAGUAGAAAUGAAGCUUCUUGCUCAGCAAAGGGAUCUUCAGGCAAAGAUACCAGAUAUUGAAAAGUGCUUAGACGUUGUUGCUACAUUGAAAGCUAAGAAGGGUACUGGUGAGGAACUUAUUGCUGAUUUUGAGGUAUCAGAAGGCAUCUAUUCACGAGCACGCAUAGAAGAAACCAAUUCCGUGUGUUUAUGGCUGGGAGCUAAUGUUAUGCUGGAAUAUUCAUUAGAAGAGGCUACUGGUCUUCUACAGAAGAACCUGGAUAAUGCUAGAGCCAGUUUGGAAGUUCUUAUUGCUGAUUUACAGUUUUUGAGGGACCAGGUGACAAUUACUCAGGUUACAAUUGCUCGUGUGUAUAAUUGGGAUGUUCAUCAACGGAGAGUUCAACAAGCUGUUGCUACAACUGCUCAAGACUAGUUAAAAAGGAGAGUUUAUUCAAACCUAGAUCCAAAAUUGAAAACUCAUACCUUUUGCUUAGAGUAUGAUUUUUAUCUCUUGCCAAUUUCUGAUUUAGAUAAAUUGUGGGUUGCUCCCUUUCUCUAGUUCCGGUUUUACCACAGUAGACACUAGUAGGAGCUUUUUCGUAUAUUUAUGUUAUUAUUGUCUUGGUCUCUUGUAAAAUGCCCAUAUGUUAGGUUGAUGGGAAAGUUUUGGUUUGGUGUGAUCAUAUGGAUAUAUUCUACUCUGCAACAUUUUUUACUUGUUUAAGUUUUCUGUUGCUGUUGCUAAUGUUAGUUGUCUCUGAGUAAGCUGAGUUUAAGUCCAAAA